AUGUUAGAAAAUAAUAAUUCUCAAUAAUUAUCUAAAAAUUAAUCCUAAUAAGACUAAUUAAAAAACUCAUAAACUACAAUAUAAAUAAAAUAAUACUAAUAAAUAUAUCAAAAUAAUCUAUAAUAAUUAUAAAUCUAACAUUAAAGUCAACCUGUAUAAUUAUAAAUAUAGAGACAUACAAGUAUGAUAAAUAAUAAUAAUAAUAAUAAUGAUAAUAAUAAUAAUAAUAAUAAUAAUAAUUAACAAUAAAUUAUAAAAUCUGCCCAAAAUAUAUUUUCUCCGACAACUCUUAAGUAUAUGGUAGAUAAAAACAACAUUAUUGUUGAAACAGAAAGCGAUAAGAAUAUAAGUACGAGAAGGGAAUAAUUUAAGUAACCUAUAAAUUAUAAAAAAGUUAAAAACAUGGUUGUUAAAGUUGAAGAUAAUAAUUAAAAAGAUUUUGUAAAAAAAAUUAUUAUCGCAAAUUAAUAUUUAUAUCUGAAACCUGAGAAAUUUUAAAAUGCUAAUUAAAAUAAAAUUUAAUAAUAUAAUUAUAAUAAUAUUAAAUUUUAAAAUAUUAUUGCUAAUAAAAAUGUUAAUGAUACAAAUAAUUAUAAUGAUUUUUUAAAUAUUUAAUUCUAGUCAAGAUGUAAUAAAUAAGAUUUUCCAAAUUAAUAUGAUUUUAAUGAUAAUAACUAAAAUAAUGAUAAUUAAUAUAUUAUUAAAGAAGAUAACUUUUAACAUUAAAUUAGUGAUGCAGUUUAAUAAAAUUAAAACUAAAAUUAAUAAUAUUAAUGA